UUGUCGGUGGUAAGAAAGCGCAUGACUUUAUGCCCAAUUUCCCCAUUCUUCCAGACAGAAUGCUGGUCAAUCAUUGGACAGACGGCAAUUCUAGCUUCAGCGGGUGGCCCUCCUUCCAAACCAGCUACUCUCUGGGUAAAGAGACUGAUCUUACGACUUCAUACGGAAUUGGAUCCAGCGCCGUCAACCGACUGCUCUCUCACUCCUUGUGAAACUGCCGGCAAGUCCUACGUAUGCUGUCCGAGUAAAAAAUGAGGCGUUUCGAUCCCGAAUCUGUGCCAUGAGAGUAAAGUAAGCAUUGUAUUGGUGAUCGACCUAGAAAACCAUCGAUUCGACUUCCCAACGGUUCUAGCAAUUACAUUAUUAAAACGUUGAAUGCCGGUACAAGGAAAUUUCUUUUCUAUGAGCGAGACAAGUCUACCAUGGCUUUCCAAAAAGUGCUAUUAUGUUUGUUUCUCUUCCAAAGACAUGAUCUUUAUUCGAGCAAAAAAG